GAUGGACGUGCUGCGCGCGCAGCGCCAGCGCAGCACAGGUGUAUUGACGUUCAUCAAUAUGUCUGACAAGAAAAGUGAAAAGGAAAGCUUCAUCGAAAAAGUUCUGAGAUCUGUUCUCAUUUCUAGCAAAGGUGGAGUACCCUUGCAGAAGCUCAACUAUGAGUUCAAAGAUCUCCUGGGUCAAGAUAUCCCAUAUCGAGAAAAUGGCUUUAAGAAUCUGGAGGCCUAUCUACGUACCAUGCCGACAGUCUGUCAAAUAAAGAGAGACCCAUCGACUGGCAAUACUGUUUGUAUGGGUGUAGCAAAUGAGGAAACCAAGCAUGUGGAUCGCCUAGUCAAAAAACAGAAGGCUACAAAGAAGAAGAGCAAGCCUGCACGUCUGCCCAAAUAUUCUGGUCGAUCUGGUAACCGAUCUUACAGACCUCCACCCCGCCCCAAGCCCGGUUUUCACUCGCAACAGCAGUAUCCACCAAAGAAGUUCACCAAUUAUCCUCCAGGAAGGAAUGCUCCAGGGCCUUCCAGUGGUCCUUAUCAACGAAACACUGGUCCUCAUAGUGGUACCUAUCAGAGAAAUGAUAUCGCCUCAAAGAAUGAUCGUCCUCGCAGUGGUCCUCAUCAGAGGACUCAACGCAGUGGCGGGGGUGGUGAAGUCUGGAACUCAAAUCCUCAGAAUUCUGGAAAUAGAUCUUCUGCAAACUCUCAGAGGCGUAAUCAAGAGCCAAAGACACAUCAUCAUCAUCAACACCAACACUCCAGUUCGUAUGAGUUACCACCAAGAUUCAGGAGACAGGUUCACAGUACUGGGAGUGCUGGUGAAGAUUCACCCGAGCCUUCAUCUCAUGAAGAAAGAAGCAGAUCAGACAGUGACUACCCUGUGACGGAGGAGAGUAAUAACAAUCAGUAUGUCAGAGAAGAGCUGCCUAAGGUGCCCCCUCAGCAACCACACCAGCCUCCUCCUGUAGAUGACAAGAUUGUUAGCUGGGUCAAUGAGACAUUGGCAGAAAAGACUGGAGGGCUGUGGCUGAGUGGGCUGAAGAAGCUCUACAAGGAGGAAUUCCAAUCAACUAUGGAAGAUGAUCUCAUCCACAAACUCUCAAGGCUUAGUUUAUGGACUGCUGAGGAAAUCGGGUGUCAGAGUGAUCCCAUUCUUUACCUUAACCUGAGAGUAAAGGAUUCUAAAGCCCCUUCUGUUGACCUCCGCACUAAAAUUAAAGGGAAGAGUCAUCGGGUCACUGAUAGUGUCGUUGGGAAUGAUCAGAUCCUCUACCCUAAUUUGAAGGUGGAGAUCUCACAGUCACCACUCUCUGGCAAAGAAAGGCGCAAUGUCACAUCUUUAAACUCAAACAGACCCCCAACAGUGCCUGAUAUAGUCAUUCCCGAGGAAGACUGUCUAUGGGAAGUUUAUGUAUCAUAUAUCAUAAGUGUAGUGGAUUUCUAUUGUGUCAUCAUGGGGGAUGAAUAUGCUGAUAAGCUAUGUACUCUGGAAGAUGAUAUGAGAGAGUUCUAUGAAGCAGACGAUCCCAAUCUCAGAUUGAGUGAUUCGCCUACUGUCGACGGUCUUUAUGCUGCUCAAAUGGAUGAUGGGUGGCUCAGGGUAAAGGUUGUUGCCGUUGACAACCAGGAGGCUGGUUGUUUUCUGGUUGAUCAUGGUGAUGUAGAAUCUGUUCCAUUUGAUGAUCUAAGAGUUCUUGACCCUUCCUUCUAUCAACUAGCCUUCCAGGCUAUUUCUUGUAAGUUACAUGGCAUGGACAAUAAGGCAACCAGUAAAACCGCAACCACAAGAUUCUGCAAUGUUGCUUUGGGUCAGAUUCGACUUGCACAGGUUAUAUCAAAGGAGUCAAAACGUCUUUCAUUAACAUUGUACAGAGACCGACUGAACAUUAACUAUCUGUGUGCCCUUGGGGAAGUUGCCUAGUCGCUAUAACUCUUGCCUCUACACUACAGUGUCCUGGAAUGGACAGAUGAUGAGCUUUUGCUGCCCUUGGAAACAAGUGAUGCAUUUUAAUAUGGCAUGAAUUGUCUGGAGUUGCUUCAUCAACUCCAUUUGCUGAGGAGAAGAUGGAGAGGUUGUAUAAAGAACUAUUAUGGAUGUGUUCAAGAAUCAAAGAAAUGGCUUCUUUUGCUGCAGUGAGAAUGGGCUCGAGUUAUCUGUAGCUGCUUCAUCUGCUUCAUUCUCUGACGAAAAGACUGAGAGAGCUGUGGGGUAUUGUUCUAUUUGCAGCAAAUUUUAUUGUCUUCUCUCUGCAGUGAGAAAUGGGCUAGAGUAAUAAUAAUAAUAAUCAUUUGUAUACCGCCAUCUAUCUAGAAACAAUCUAUUCCGAGGCGCAUUCUUCUUAUUAUUAUUAUUACCCCGGCCUUAGCUCGAGCUGCCUUUCAGCACUUAUCUGUAGCUGUUUCAUCCGCUUCAGUAUCUGAAGAAAAGACUAACAUAGCGUUAUAUUCUGUUACCAGCAGAUAUUGCCUUCUUGCUGCAGUAGGAAAUGGACCAAGACUUACACAGGUGCUGAGUAGUGUUCGAGUACCAGCAGAUACCGCCACCCUGUUGCAGAGUGAAUGGGCAUUUGGAGCCACUCACUGCUGUACUCUAAAGAAAAGAAAAGACUGAUGGAUUGUAUGAAAGAGAUGCCUUGAUGUGUCCUUGCUCCUGUAGAUACUUUGCUAGAGUAUGAACAAGUAGUGUGUUGUAACAACAACAAAAAACUGUCUGUAACUGCUGAAUUCUCUGGAGAUGGGAUUGACAGAUAGUAUGGAAUGUGUUUAAUCUACUGUUGGGAUCAAGUGAUUAUAAGGUUUUGAGGUAGAGCAGUGUCAUGGUGAUAUAUUCAACUGUAAUAGGCAAGAUGAUGAUGAUGAUGAUCAGAGUCUGGAUGCAUGCACUAUAGUUGUGAUGGAUUGUGAAAUUUUACAUUGUUGAGAUGUAAGAACAUCAUGUAGCAAACUUAUCAUUUGGGAGUUUUGUAAACAGUCUUGAAAUUUAGACAAUGAUUGUCGUAUUGAUGUAUUUUUUGUUUAUGUGCAGACUAACUCCUAGUUAAGAAGGAUUUCUAGUUUAGUCACAUACUAUGAUAUAAAAGUCAUGUACCCUGUAUAUGUGUCCACUAAAGUUACUAUCAGUAAACAGACUGCCACACCUGAACAUGUAAUUGAGCAUACAUGUAUGCCUAUGUUCACUGUACAUUUGUUAUGACAAAACAUUUCCUUAAUCCCAUUUAUUGAUAUUAAGAAUUGUCUUGUUAACAGCACAAAUGAUUUCUUAUAUAAAGAAUUUGAAUUCUUGAUACUUUGUGCCAUGAACAAAAUGCAAUUCUUGAUGUCCCAAUGGGAAUGCUUGGUAUCCAGAAUUGGGAUUAAAGGAGAAAAUGGCUAACGACGUGAACAGUAUGUUGGCAUACGCUGGCUAAAACAUCAAGGUAUGACAGGCAUAUCAGUCAUGGUAGUUUUACAUCGAUUGCCAGAACAGACAGGGUUAGAGUAAUUACGAGAGGGAAGGGGAUGUUACAGUCAUUGUUAAGACUGAUUUUCGUAAAUUGUGGGGAAAUUAUGCCUGUCAUUACCCGACCCACCUCCCCUCGUUUUAAACUCAUUUGUUUAGGGUGCAUAAGAUAUAAUGUAAACACCAUGUUUGUAAAAUGUCCAUCAACCAAUUUGACACUUCAAUAUUCAAAUAUUUCGUAUCAAAAUUACAAUAAAAAUGUAUUCUCCACCGUCGGGUGACAACCCCUUCUCCGAUUGUCCCUGUAUUUUUUUUUUCAUAAAUAAGUUUCCAGGGCUAGCGUGUUCCAUGUAUUGAUAUUAUUUGCAACUCAAGAGACAUUCAUGCACAUAUUGUGCCUGUUUUUUCUUUGAUCGUAUCCCCCCCCCCCCCAUAACACUGCUCAGAAUUUAACCAUGUUAGGAUGAUGUACAGUAUGUGCACCAAAGCAUGGUCUAUAAUUCUUUUUUUUAUACCUGAUUAUGGAAUCAUCUUCUGUAUUUUGUUUUAAUACAUGUACAACUUUUAACUGUUUUUUUAAAGGAAAGUUAAUAAACAAUAAGGUAUCUUCCUGUGUACCCUGAACUAUAAAA